GACACUUGUGACUGUGUGACGUCGUUUUUGUGCGACAGGUCGUGGAGAAGAGUCCGUCAUGGCGUCGGGACCUGCGGAGUUACAAAGCGGCGACGACGCUGAACUGGACGAAUUACUGGACAGUGCACUGGAUGACUUUGACAAGCAGUCUGCGCCUCCUGAACCUGAAACACCUUCUUCCUCGUCCAGCAAUGGACCAGAAAUGACACAGCAGCAGCAGCCGCCGCUGCUGGAGGACUGCAAGCUCUUUGAGACACUCUUCGAGGGUGACAUGGCAGCACAGGCCCAGCAGGAGUGGAAGAAAGCCAUGACGGAGCUGGCUCAGGAGGAGCCGGACCUGCUCGAGCAUUUUCAGAAACUCUCUGAGGCUGCCUGCAAAGUUGGGACUGACACGGCUUCUCAGCAAGAAUUUACCUCCUGCCUCAAAGAUACCCUCCGUGGCCUCGCCAAGAAUGCCGAUAACUUGCAGUCUUCUGGCCUCGCCGGAGACGAUCUCGUAAAGGCCCUGGAAGGCUUGGGAUUGGACGAGGGCGGUGAAGGCGAGGGUGACGACGCCAACGUCCUUCCCAUCAUGCAAUCCAUAAUGCAGAAUCUUCUCUCCAAGGAGGUUCUCUACCCUUCCCUCAAGGAAAUCACCACAAAGUAUCCGGAGUGGUUGGAGGCCAACAGGUCCAGCCUGAGCCCAGAAGACGUCCAACGCUACGAGCAGCAGGCCAAGGUCAUGGGAGAAAUCUGCCAGCGCUUUGAGAAAGAGGAAGACGGCGACAAGGUCUUUGAAGGCAUCAUGGACCUCAUGCAGAAGCUGCAGGACCUUGGACAGCCACCAAAGGAGCUUGCAGGAGACGCUCCUCCAGGCUUCAACUUCGACAUGGACUCCCUCAACCUCCCAGGGGGCGCUGGGUCGGCUGAACAAUGCUCCAUCAUGUGAGGAGGCGGCGGCUUGACCUCAGCUGCGGAAAGGGCCACACCCACCAGGAGUUGGCCGGUGGCAUUGUGAUGUUCAUGUCGCACACGCUCGGCCUCGGAUUCCAAACAUACAGUACAGAGAAAUGUGGACGAGGUUACAAAAUUCCAACACACGCUCGAACAUUUGAACAUCUCUGCAUUAGUUUUUUUCAUCCAGCUCCUUGAUUUUAACUGUAUUCCCUCCUCCGGAAUGAAGAUACCGCACCCUCUCUGGUGUGUCUUUAACCCUCCUAUUAUGUUGCAGGUCAAAUUGACAAUAAUUAUCGUAAAGUGCCAUAGGGAAAAAAGAGUCCUUUUAAAUAUUGUUUAUAUAUCAUAUUGAACCCCAUUCCGAACCAUUUUAGUCAAUAUUUCGUGAAUUUCUUAGAUCGCGUUUGAUUGAUCAUUCAUUCCUAUGUUCAUGUUGAAACCUUUUCAUGAAGCACAAACAUAUUUGUUGUAUGGGUUGAUUAUACAUGAACCAGCCUUUCGGACCCAAAAAUUACUUUUAUUUUUCUAAAAUUGUAAUUAUUGUAAUUUUACGCCUACUGUUAAAUGAAAGAAAAAAUGUAAAAAUGUAUUAGUCAGUUUGACCUACAGCCUAAUAGAAGAGUGAAACAAAUAAAUAAAUAAAACGGGGACAAAUAUUAGGUACAGUUCAAUUUUCCCAGUUGGAUUUUACUUGCCGUGUCAUCAGUUUGUGAAACUAACUGAAAGAAAAGGGGAUUUACUGGUCAAAAAGAAAAAAUGCUAAUUUAGUGUUUUGGUGUCAGUUUGACCCACAGUGUAACGGAAUUGAACUAACUCAAAUGAAAAACUCAACUUUAUAUCAGGAUAACACAUUUAAAAACUGUAAUCUAGAUUUUUUUUUCUGGAUAAUUUGAGCCACUGUAUAACAGACUAACCAAAAGCAAAAAGGCAUGAAACUUCUGGUUUUUACAGCUCAUUUUGACCUGCAGUAUAACUGGAGGCUGAAACUCACUCAAAAGAAGAGGAUCAAAAAUGGUGCAAUUUAGAAAACAAAUUCAGAUAUUUACGGGGUCACUUUGACCGGCAAUAUGACAGGACAGUUAAAAUGGGUUAGUUUGAACCCUCUACACAAACAGGAAAUUUCACUGAUGUGAGUGAGUGGUCUGUUCGUGUCUUAUUAUUAUGUGUAUAACAAACUUACCAUUAAAAAAAAGAUAAUUGUUUCCUACAGUCAUCCCGGUAUUGAUCUGAAGUGAGUGAUUUGAUGGUGAUUAUAGUUUGAGGUUUCCUUGCUGAAGUGCUUCCCCUUGAGGAUUUGUGUGUUUCUAUUGUGAAGAUUGAUGUUUGCGUGAGUGGGGAGGGCUUCCAAGCUCUCCCUUUAAAAUGUGCAUUAACAAAAGGUCGGAGCACUUUGUGUGUGAAACAAAGUUGUUUCACUGUUGGCAACUAUGGAGACGGAUCUAGAAAGCACAGGGCAAAGUGCUGCUGUAUAAUAAAGAGGCGGUGACCAAUGCAAAGAGAAGUUUGUGUCAAUUAAAUUGCUUUCAUCAUGCCAUCAUUUCAGGGUCAAAUGACGUAGCUCGCUAAGAGCUGAUGCAUGGGAUUUUUUUUUUGCCCUCUUUUUGUAAAUACGGUAUAUUUAAUAAAAGAAUGAUAUCAAGAAGGUGAA